GAAGGAGAGGGCUGACCGCCGCCAUUGGCCCGGCCCUUAUAUUGAACGGGCCAAUGGGAACUGCGGUUUCAGGUCGCCAUGGAAACCGAUGCUGUGAAGAGCGAGAGGGCCUGGAGAAAGUGAGGAACGAGAGUGAAGGUGGCUCUGGCCUCCGUCGCGGGAGCGGUUUUAGGUGGGGGGUGGGUGCACGGGCAUUCCCGGGCCCCCGCUUAAGAAUUUGAAUCAGGUGUUCCUUUGCUUCCCCGUCGACCCCAACAGUGCAUGGCAGGGGUUUUCCUUGGUGUCAAAGGCAGGAACCGCCAAAUCUCGGUCGGCAUCCUUGGCGGUGAGACUCCAAAUUAAGGCGUUUCACUUCUCCUGGGUCCAGGGAGCCUGUGAGGUUGUGCCCUUUGACCUUUGACUAGUGUGCAGCUUCUGCUUCUCCUCCAGAUGUAGAAAGCAUGAAUAAAGCAGACCAACCAUGUAUAACAAUUCAGCGAAAUGGUAGCUCAGGUAAUGUGAUAUUCUGUGUGAAAAAUGGGAUAAGAAGCACCAAGUACAAGCCAGUAGACUACCAACAAUUACAUGCACUGACUGCAGCAAAAAAAUUAGCUUCUGCUUCUACACAACUAAAGAUCAGAAAAACAGUCCAGACUUCGAAGAACUCUAAAGAACUAACCCUAAUAAAACAGCACAAGCAAGUGUGGUGGCAGGAACAGCAAAGGCUAAGGGAACUCAGAUGUAAAGUCGAAUUGGAAAUAAAAUCCUUUCUUAAUGAGGAGAACGUUGGAAAUGAAUGCCUUUCUGACCUGAAGGAUCUCGAACGACAGCUAUCAGAACAAUGGUGUGCGUAUCUUAAAAACGUGGUAGAUCCUAUUCAGCAGUUGAGAGCGGAUCUUAAAUACAGACAGCAUCACAUUUUACAGCAUUCAGACCCACAGACCAACUCAGGGAAAGUGCUGGAAGAGGUUGACUGUGUGAAGAAACAAUUGAAAGAUGUUUUUGAAAGACUGAACCUGGAGCAACAGAAAAUGCACAAUGAUCUUUCAGACUGGAGUAAGAAAAUCCUAGAGCACACUUUAGAAGAAAAAACUAACCUGCUCAGCGCACUGCCCAUGGAAUUUGAAACUUUGGAAUGUCCGUACCCUGAUUUGAAAUCUUCAAUCCUUAAUGAGUUCUUCAAGUUUACAGAGAAAUAUCAAAAGAAACUUCAAGAUUUAGAUCUGCAGUUAGAAGAUAUACACAGAAGCUUUCCCUUAAGUGAAGACGAUCACUGGACUUACCAGGUUGUUCUGGAUCAGUAUCCUGGAGAUCUCUUUGCCAGAAGGACUCUGUAUCUGGAUAUGUUACAACGAUAUUUUCCUCAUAAAUCUAGGCAUGAUCUGGUAGAACAUGAAAAACAUUGUGAGCACUAUCGCUUUGUUAGCGAGCAGCGAAAUAUUUUGCUAUCAAAUUGGAAUACGAACCGGAGAGAUUUUAUGCAGAAGGCAGUGAUGGCGCUCGCCGAGGCCUGUGUAACUCACGAAGUGGAGAGCACUGUGGCUCAAGACAGGAAAAAGCAGCAGGAGCUGUGUGCUGAUCUGAAAGCCAAGGUUCUUCAAUGGCGAGCCCACCAGGAAGAGAUAGCUAGACUGGAAAUGGAUAUUUCUGCCCGAAGAAGAGAGAAUGCAAAAGAGAAUGAGAAGCUAUGGAAGAAGAAGGAAUUAUUACAACGAGAGGAGAAGAAAGAAAAAAUAAGAAAAUACUGGGCUAAGAAAGAACAGAAGUGGCAAGAAAUGGAAAUGAGAGACACUCAGCGUCUGGAAGAACUGAAAAAAUUAAUGGCUGAGCAGUCGGUGAAAGACAGAGAAAGGGUUAAAUAUAGACAAGAAUUGCUGGAAAAGCGACUGAUGGAGAAAAAAGAAGUGGCCCAUCAAGAAGUGCAUGAAGAAGCGGAGAAAAAGAGGCGGCUAGAAGCACUCAGGAAACAGGUUGCUGUUGUGGCUCAGUUUGAUCCUGUUCGAAUGAUGUCAGAUACAGUGGCGUCAAAAGCUAGGAUGGGGAUUGGAACUGAAGAAGAAUUUCUUCUUCAAAAGCCACUCUUCACAUUGAACACAUACACCGAGCAGCAGAUCAUUUCUGACCCUAGACUGCGCUUUGAGUUAGCACUUCGAGAAGCCGGCCUUCAUAAAACAUUUUAUGCCAAAGAGAUAUUUCCAAAAAUUAGUCCUCAAAAACCUCCAAGGAAAGACAUGGAGUCGACUGUAUUUCAGAUUUAGAGCCUGUCUUCAAUUCCUAUUAUAUACGAAUAAGACUUUUCCCUUAAACGCAUUUACAUGUAUGACUAUAAUUUAGUUUCCCAUGCUUUAAAAAUCUGUGACAUGGAAAUCAAAAUGUCUAUUAAACAUCUUUGCCUUUGUUUUAUGA